GCGGCUCUCACUCUUGCAGCCAUGCCGCCGAAGAAGUACGUUGCCGCGGGCAAGAAGCGCAGCGCCGACUCCGGUGUGGAGACAGAGCGGGGCGCGCUGACCCAGGAGCAGAAGGACCAACGGAUCAGCCUCUUCCUCAGGGGCUUCAACCAGCAGGCCAAAGAGAAUCUUCAAGAAAUGAAGAAAGAAAUUGAUUCACUUUUGCAAACAGCUGAGAAAGCAUUUAGAGUGGAGUUAUUGAAGAUGCCAGUUGCUGUCAGAAAAAUGAAAAGAAAAGACUUGCUUAAUCUGCAAGGAGGAGAGGAAGCUGCUGUUGUAGCUGCCGCUGUUGUAGCGAAUGACUGCUCUGUAGAGCACAUUCCAAAUACCAGGCUGGUGAGGAAUUGCAGCAAAAGAGUUAAGGUAACUACAAUUGUUGAAUAUAAAGAUGAGGAGAGUGUGCCUGCCAAGAAAGCAUCCCAAAAGGUGUCCAAAACAAAAUCACUGGCUUCUUUAGCUUCUGGCAUACAUCUCAAAGAAAACCACUCUCUUUCUAGAUCUGCAUACUCUACUCCAAAUGUGAGGCAUUUUAAGGCUCCUACAUCUGAUCGCACAGCUGCAAACUAUAAAUCUGCUCCACGUGUUUCUAGAAGACUACCACAAAUGGCUGUCUCAAGAACUGUACCUAUGAGAGAAAAAGUUCAAGCCAUGUCACUAAGAAGUAACUCAGUGCCUCGGGAAAAAGCUGUUCCAUUUGUUAAUAUACCUCUGGCUGAUGGAAAGACUCUCUCUUCUGCUGGUGAAGACCUCCAUAACAUCAAUGUCGAGUUGCUUAAUGAUGACACAGUUCAGCAUAUUCAUAAUCUAGUGAGCCAGUUGACUGUUUUAUGUGGAAAAGCAACAGUUAAACCAAGUUAAUGGAGUCUACGUGCAUAUCUUGUGUUCUCUUUGUUGUGUAUUAUAUAAAUAUUCUGUGCAAUUACCACUUGUCUGUUUUAAAUGUUGAC